AUGAAGAAUUUUUCAGUUCCUGUGCAAGCUAAUGAAUAUCAGAUUGAAAGCCUUUUUCCUCAGCUUGUCCUGAAUUUAACAAAUAAGUCAGAUCCAGUUGGAAGACAAGAAAGAGAUGAGCAAUUAGCUCAGUUAGAGAUUGCUGUGUUGGGAGUAAUAUUUAUGACAGCAUCUGUGGGCAAUUUUAUUCUCAUACUGGUACUGUGGAGGAGAAGAAAGAAGUUAUCUAGGAUGUAUGUAUUCAUGCUUCACCUGAGCAUAGCAGACUUAGUGGUAGCAUUUUUUCAAGUACUUCCCCAACUAAUAUGGGAUAUUACAGAUGUUUUCAUAGGGCCAGAUGCAUUAUGCAGAACUAUCAAAUAUUUGCAGUUGUUGGGCAUGUUUGCCUCUGCUUAUAUGAUAGUGGUCAUGACAGUGGACAGAUAUCAAGCAGUACGCUAUCCCAUGGUCACUUUCCAAAAGAAAAAGGCUCUUUGGAAUGCUGCCAUUUGCACCAGCUGGUCUAUAUCACUGCUUUUUAGUCUUCCACAAGUAUUUAUCUUUUCCAAGACUGAAAUAUCUCCAGAUAUUUUUGAAUGCUGGGGUGAGUUCAUCCAACCUUGGGGCUUAAAGGCAUAUGUGACUUGGAUUUUUGUAGCUAUUUUCUUCAUUCCCACAGCUAUCCUUACCAUAUGCCAGGUUAAGAUCUGCAAAAUAAUACUAAUGAACAUACAUGUGAAAAAAAGGAAUGAAUUUGAAGCAAUAAAUCAGAAGCAAGUCCUGCCAUUCCAAGCAAGCAGUAUUAACUGUAUUUCAAAGGCUAUGAUCAAGACUGUAAAAAUGACAGUGGUGACAGUUAUUGCAUAUGUCCUGUGUUGGGCACCUUUCUUCAUUGUACAGUUGUGGUCUGUAUGGUACCCCAGUGGCAUUACUGAAGGUGCAGCGUUUACCAUUAUCAUGCUCCUGGGGAAUUUGAAUAGUUGUGCCAAUCCGUGGAUUUACAUGUAUUUUUGUGGCCACAUUCCAUAUUGUGCCAAAAAGCGGUCAAAAAACAUCUCAGCUCAGGAAGAAUCUGUGAUCACAGGAAGCAUUAAUUUGGUAGACAGGGAACCAGAAGAAAACCUAACUUGUGUAUAAAUAUAAACUUCUUUUUGUUGCUUUGAUACAUUAAUUACAUUCAACUUUUAUGUGAAUAUUUUAAACCUAUCCUUUGUUAUCUGAGGAAUGGAGUGAGUUGAAAAAUUGUCCUUCCCUGUAUAAAUAUAUUUUUCUUAAAUAUUGUAGUGUGCACUGCAUUACAAGAAUUCCAUUGUUGUGCAAGCCUGACUUUUAACAGUUACAUUGCACUAUAAAAUUCAUAUAACUAUUGGCAAAGAUAUGUAGAGCUACUUUAUAUACUUCAUUUUUGUCUACAAAAACUGCUUUCUGUUCUCUAAUUUUGGAUUGCCAACUAGUAGAUUUCUACAAGAGUGAUGACAAAUUGUGAUAUUGUUGAAAAGGAGAAUCCUAUGAUUAGAUUUGAAUGUGUGAUAUUGAAAUUGAAGCAUGAAUAGUUCAGGAAAAAUUUGGGGUAAAUAUUUGAGAAACCUUGAGAAGGCAGCAGAAAGUCACUAAAAUCCUCUGUCAGCUUUAAUUAAACACUUUAUAACAGGGGUAGGCAACUUAUGGCACAUGUGCCGAAGGUGGCACGCGAGCUGAUUUCAGUGGCACUCACAUUGCCUGGGUCCUGGCCACUGGUCUGAGGGGCUCUGCAUUUUAAUUUAAUUUUAAAUAAAGCAUCUUAAACAUUUUAAAAACCUUUUUACUUUAUAUACAACAAUAGUUUAGUUAUAUAUUAUAGACUUAUAGAAAGAGACCUUCUAAAAAUGUUAAAAUGUAUUACUGGCACGUGAAACCUUAAAUUAGAGUGAAUAAAUGAAGACUUGGCAUACCACUUGUGAAAGGUUGCCAACCCCUGGUUUAUAAAAAUGUGUUGGUCCUGGGGAGUUAAAUGUCACAGUUUCUUUAUACAUUACUCUUGCAACUCUGGACAUCUGCUCUAGGUUCAAAUAACAUCUUGGGUCACAAGUGCUCAGGCACUAUGGUAAUGUUCUAGUAUAAGGAGAAUGGUGACCUCAUUGUAGUUCCCAUUUAUAUAUAAUACAAAACAACCACAUAGGACUAGAUUCUCUAUCAAGUCACCUGAUGCACAGACAGGUGUGCAGUGAAUUUGCACCCUAUCUAAACAGACACAGUGGGUGACUUUGAGCCAUUUUUGAAUUGUGCAUAUACUUGUGCAGAGUGCAUUCAGACCUGUCCUGUCUCCUAGCACCCAUCUGCUAGCACUGAAUGUGCAUCUAGGACAGGCAGCUUGACAGGUAAUUUCUGAACCAUAUAGCACUCUAUGGGCUUAGUAGCAAAGGAAAAUAAAUAUUUCACCUUCAUGGUAGAAAUGAGUCACUUACCCAAGUAUCUUUACCUAGAUUGCUAUUUGCUGGCUGAAGUGUGGAUAUUUUAUGUAGAUAGUUAUUUCUUCCCUUUUUCAAUGUCUGCAGUCUAUUCAAGAGAGCAUGGACUGGAAUAUUAGUAGGUCUGUCACAGGCCAAGACAGAGAUGCAUUGACAUAGGAUCUCUGGGGAUGUUUGCACAUCAUCUGCCUAUAUUGUGUCUAGCCUAAAUCAGUGCUAUUCUUCAUUUUCAUGAGUGCUAGCUAACAUUCUCACAUGUUCAGGAAAAAAACCUAUAAAAGUGUAUUUGACACCUGCUCUUUUAAUAUUCUAAGACAUAAAGAGAGAAAAAAGAGCUAGUGGGUAUUUUAAGCACAAAAUGUACCAAACACCUGGACCAAAUCCUGUCAAGUGCUGAUAUACAGUGAGCAUGUGUACACUGGCUUGAUGUGUGGGAUAUUGAUUGUAUUUCCCAUUAGUGACUGGCCUCAGUGAUGAUAGCAAUGUACUACUUAUAAUUAGUGGUGUUCUCAUUUAUCUCAAAUUGCAGAUGUCAGUAUUCUGCAGUGAAGGUCCAGGAUUCAGACCCCACAGAUGACUGGGUUUCUAUAUAUGCAACCACUGAAUGUCUACAACUCUCAAUAAAAUCAGCUCCCAGUGAGGAUCUCUCAUGGUAUUUUAACCCUUUGGUUGUAUGUUUCUGUCCUUUCUGU